AUGACGGCUGCAUUAACGGCAACACAACGGUCUGGUAGGCCAUCCAAACUGAGUAAACGAGAUGAGCGGCAAUUCGUAAGGGAAGUCGAGAAAGAUAGGAGUAUUACGCCUGAGCCGUUAACAGAGGCGUUUAACAAGUGUCUUACUAUUUCAGUAAGCUCAAGAACUGUACAGCGUACUCUGCAUAAUUAUGGAUUUUAUAGUAGGGUUGCAAAUCAAAAGCCAUUAGCAACUGAGAAAAAUAAGAAGAUACGUAUAGGGUGGUGUAAGAGGAUGAAGAAUUGGAAGGAAGAAUGGGAUAUGGUAGUUUUCGGCGAUGAGUCAAGAUAUCUAAUAUUUAAAAUGAUGCUCAUAUGA